UUUUAUCCCUCUCCUCGUACUGUGCCGGGCCGUGCUAAUCGCUAAUCCCAUUCUCCGCGCAACCAGAGACGAAGCGAGCCGGCCGACUUGCGCUGCUGCUCGAAUCCCGACCAUGUAUCUGGUUCCCAAAGAGCUCGACAAGCUCGUCAUCUCCCAGCUGGGCCUCCUCGCUCAGAGACGUCUGGCGCGAGGUGUUAAGCUGAACCAUUCCGAGGCCACGGCUCUCAUCGCCAACAACCUCCAUGAGCUCAUCCGCGAUGGAAACCACAGCGUGGCCGACCUGAUGGCCCUGGGCUCCACCAUGCUGGGCCGCCGCCAUGUGCUGCCCUCCGUUUGCAGCACCCUCCAUGAGAUCCAGGUCGAGGGCACCUUUACCACCGGCACGUAUCUCGUGACGGUCCACAACCCCGUCUGUACUGACGAUGGCGACCUCCGCAAGGCCCUCUACGGGAGCUUCCUCCCUAUCCCGGAUGCUGAGCUGUUCCCCAUGGCCCCCGUCGAGGAGUACGAGCACACCCGGAAGCCCGGCGCCGUCGUCACCGUCAAGGCCAAGGUCGCCCUCAACGAGAACCGCAAGAGGACCCGUCUGCCGGUGACGAGCAAGGGAGACCGGCCCAUCCAAGUCGGAUCGCACUACCACUUCAUCGAGACCAACCCGCAGCUGGAGUUUGACCGCAUCCGCGCGUACGGGUACCGCCUCGACAUCCCCGCCGGCACCUCGGUCCGCUUCGAGCCCGGCGACACCAAGACGGUGACGCUCGUUGAGAUCGGGGGCAACCGCGUCAUCCGCGGUGGCAACAACUUGGCCAGCGGCGUUGUCGACCUCUCGCGCGCCGACGAGAUUCUCGCCAAGCUGCAGCAGGCCGGCUUCGCCCACGCCCCCUCCCCGGCCGGCGACCUCAGCCACAUCGACACCCUCACCAUGGACCGCUCCGCGUACGCCACCAUGUUCGGCCCCACCACUGGCGACCUCGUCCGGCUUGGCAACACCGACCUGUGGGUCAAGGUCGAGCGCGACAUGACCGUCUACGGCGAGGAGUGUAAGUUUGGCGGCGGCAAGACGCUGCGCGAAGGUAUGGGCCAGGCCACGGGGCGGUCGGACGCCGAGACGCUGGACCUGGUCGUCGUCAACGCUCUCAUCGUCGACUGGACGGGCAUCUACAAGGCGGAUAUUGGCGUCAAGGAAGGCAUGAUUGUAGGAAUUGGCAAGGCUGGUAACCCAGAUGUUAUGGAUGGCGUGGCUCCCAACAUGGUGGUCGGAAGCUGCACGGAUGUCAUUGCGGGAGAGGGCAAGAUUAUCACCGCUGGCGCCAUCGACACUCACAUUCACUUCAUCUGCCCACAGCAGAUCCCCGAGGCUCUUGCAUCCGGCGUCACCACUAUGCUGGGAGGCGGUACUGGUCCAAGCGCCGGAACCAAUGCAACCACCUGUACCCCCGGCGCACACUACAUGCGCCAGAUGCUGCAAGCAUGCGACACUCUUCCCAUCAACAUCGGCAUCACUGGCAAGGGCAAUGACAGCGCUCCCGAAGCCUUGCGGGAGCAAGUCGCUGCCGGCGCGUGUGGCCUCAAGCUCCACGAGGACUGGGGCACGACGCCUGCCGCCAUCGACGCAUGCCUGACGGUCUGCGAUGAGCUCGACGUCCAGUGCCUUAUUCACACUGACACGCUGAACGAGUCUGGCUUCGUCGAAUCCACCAUCGGUGCCUUCCGCAACCGCACCAUCCAUACGUACCACACCGAGGGCGCUGGCGGCGGCCACGCGCCCGACAUCAUCUCCGUCGUCGAGCACCCCAACGUGCUCCCCUCGUCGACCAACCCGACGCGGCCCUUCACGCGCAACACGCUCGACGAGCACCUCGACAUGCUCAUGGUGUGCCACCACCUGUCCAAGGACAUCCCCGAGGACGUGGCCUUCGCCGAGAGCCGCAUCCGCGCCGAGACCAUCGCGGCCGAGGACGUGCUGCACGACCUCGGCGCCAUCAGCAUGAUGAGCUCCGACUCGCAGGCCAUGGGCCGCUGCGGCGAGGUCAUCCUGCGCACCUGGAACACGGCGCACAAGAACAAGGUCCAGCGCGGAUACCUGCCCGAGGACGAGGGCACGGGGGCCGACAACGCCCGCGUGAAGCGGUACGUGAGCAAGUACACCAUCAACCCGGCCAUCGCGCAGGGCUUCUCGCAUCUCGUGGGAAGCAUCGAGGUGGGCAAGCUGGCAGACUUUGUCGUUUGGGACCCGGCCUGGUUCGCGACGAAGCCGAGCCAGGUGAUCAAGAGCGGUCACAUCGCGUGCGCUCAGAUGGGCGAUCCCAACGCCUCCAUCCCCACCAUCCAGCCCAUCAUCGCCCGCCCCAUGUUCGCCCCCCUCGUCCCCUCUACCAGCAUCCUCUUCGUCUCCGCCGCGUCCAUCUCCUCGGGCGCCAUCGCCUCGUACGGCCUGCGCAGCCGCGUCGAGGCCGUCCGCGGGUGCCGCAACAUCAGCAAGCGCGACAUGCGCCACAACGACCUCAUGCCGCGCAUGCGCGUCGACCCGGAGAGCUACACUGUCGAGGCCGACGGCAAGGUAUGCGCGGCCGAGCCGGCGACUACUCUACCGCUGACGCAAGCGUUCUAUGUGUACUAAGGAAGGGAGUCGCUGAGAGAGGGAGGGGCUUCUCGGG